AUGGAUAAGUCGUGGAUUUUGAAAGAUAGGGAUUCAUUAGACUACGAAAUAGGGGUUGAAAAUUUCUUGAUCUUUGCCAAAGAAAAUGCAGUUGAUUGUAAAAACAUUCCUUGUCCGUGUGGUCGUUGUGGUAAUUUCAAAAAAAAUUCUGUGAAAAUCAUCAGAGGUCAUUUAUAUGAGAACGGUUUUAGUUUAGGGUACACUGAAUGGAUUUGGCAUGGAGAAAAAUGUGUCGAAACUAGGUCUUCAGCUGGUAGUUCAUACCCUCCUGACUUGAACAGAGUUGCUGCCACACAAACAAAACAAGUUUGUGAGGCAGCAUAUGGUACUGGUGAUUAUGAUGAGGAGGCACAUGAGUUUAAGAGGUUUGUGGCCGACGCUGAACAACCUCUGUUUGAGGGUAGUGAGUGCACUAAGUUAGAGUCGAUGUUAAAACUGCAUAACUGGAAAUCGAGGUUUGGCAUUAGCGAUGCUGCCUUUACCGACUUGUUGUCUUCUGUUGGCUCUUUCCUUCCAAGUGGUCAUGUUUUGCCUGUUAAUGCAUAUGAAGCAAAAAAGAACCUAUCUGAUCUAGGACUUGAUUAUAUAAAAAUCCACGCAUGUCCUAAUGAUUGCAUACUGUAUAGGGGUGUAUAUAGUGAAGGUUCCAAGUGUCCCAAGUGUAAUUUAUCUCGUUGGAAAUUGGGGAAGGAUGGUAGAGUUAGGACCAAUGUUCCAGCAAAAGUUUUAUGGUACUUCCCUAUUAUUCCCAGAUUUAAACGGUUGUUUAAAUCUCCUUCUACUGCUGAAAUGAUGUCUUGGCAUGCAAACCACCGAAUUCAAGAUGGCCUGAUGCGCCAUCCAGCCGACUCUCCUUCUUGGAGGAAUAUCGAUCAUAGGUGGCCCAUCUUUGGUAGUGAGUCUAGAAAUCUUCGCUUAGCGUUGUCGGCUGAUGGUAUAAAUCCACAUACUAAUAAGCUAAUCAAUAGGUAUAGCUGCUGGCCAGUGGUGUUGGUAACUUAUAAUCUUCCUCCAUGGCUAUGCAUGAAGAGGAAGUUUAUGAUGUUAACAUUAUUAGUUUCUGGUCCGCAUGAGCCGGGAAAUAAUAUAGAUGUAUACCUACAACCAAUGAUUGAUGAUCUAAAAAAGCUCUGGGAAGAGGGGGAACCAAAUGUUUUCGACGGGUAUAGUAAAUCUUAUUUCACUUUAAGAGCAAUAUUGUUGUGGACGAUAAAUGACUUCCCUGCAUAUGGUAAUCUGUCUGGCUGCGUUAAUAAGGGGUAUAUGGCAUGUCCAAUAUGCUGCGAUGAUACCAUAGCUAAAUACUUGACUCAUAGUCGAAAAAUGUGCUACCAAGGCCAUCGCCGGUACUUGCCUCGACAUCAUCCAUAUAGGAGGCAGAAGACAAGUUUUAAUGGAGAACAAGAGCAUGGACAGGCACGUGAACCCCUUUCCGGAGAAGAAGUAUUAGCGCAGCAGCAAGAAGUGAAGUUUACUUUUGGGAAAGAAGUGAAGAAUUCCCAGAGGGUAGAAUGUGUAUGGAAAAAGAAGUCAAUUUUCUUCGAGUUAGAAUACUGGAAGUUUCACCACAUUCGCCAUUGUCUCGAUGUAAUGCACAUCGAAAAAAAUGUCUGUGAUAGUCUCAUUGGUACCCUUCUAAAUAUGCGGCAUAAAUCUAAAGACAGUGAAGCAUCUCGCCGUGAUAUGAUGGAGAUGGGUGUCAGGGGUGAUUUAGCUCCACAAGUAGGAGAAAAAAAAACCUACUUGCCCCCUGCACCUUAUACUCUGUCAAAGGCGGAAAAAAAGAAAGUUUUGUCAUCAUUCUUAUACAUGAAAGUUCCUUUUGGACAUUCAUCAAACAUCAAAAAUUGUGUGUCGAUGUCUGAUAUGAAAAUGUACGGGCUAAAGUCCCAUGACUGCCACAUCCUCCUCCAACAGUUGCUCCCUGUUGCCAUUCGAUCUGUUCUUCCGAAACAUGUUAGAAUCAGCAUAAUUAGAUUGUGUUUCUUUUUCAACUCAUUGUGUAACAAAGUUGUAGAUGUAUCAAAACUAGAUAAACUGCAAUCAGAUGUGAUAGUGACUUUGUGUGAGCUUGAAAAGAUAUUUCCCCCCUCGUUUUUCGAUGUAAUGAUACAUUUGACAGUCCACCUGGUUAGAGAAUUGCGUUUAUGUGGACCAGUUUUCUAUAGAUGGAUGUAUGCAUUUGAAAGGUUUAAUAAAGUGUUAAAGAGUUAUGUUCGAAAUCGUUAUUAUCCGGAGGGUUGUAUAGCCGAAAGCUAUAUAAAAGAAGAAUCAGUUGAGUUCUGUUCAGAAUUUGUUGGACAGAGUGGCACUGCAGGACUUCCGAAUGAAAAAAGCAAGCUUUCGGGUCCAUUAUCUGCUGCAAAAGUAAUAUCAGUUGAAGAAAACGAGCGAGACGAGGCACAUCUGCAUGUCCUUCAAAACAACUCUGAAGUCUAUCCUUAUAUUUUGAUGCAUAAGGAGUAUCUUGAAAGACUUUACCAAGGGAAAAAAAAAGUGCUCAGUGGAUGAUGGGUGAACACAAUCGGCUAUUUGCUGAUUGGUUUGAAAAAAAAGUUAGCAAUGAAAUUAAGGAGAAUGUUGAUAGUGUUUCUGAAACGAUUAGAUGGUUGGCAGGAAAACCAUCUUAUUAUGUUUUGACAUAUGGAGCAUAUCUAGUUGAUGGAGUCCGGUACUUCACAAAGGAGCGAGAUGAUUUGAGAGUUGUCCAAAACAGUGGUGUUUCUUUAGUGGCGAAGACAGUCCAAGUCUCCAGUGCUAAGGAUUUGAAUCCCGUGGAGAGCGAUAUGAAAUUUUAUGGAAUGAUCUUAGAUAUAUGGGAGUUAGAUUAUCAUGAAUUCAAAGCUCCCCUGUUCUUGUGUAAGUGGGCAGAGAAUGAGAGAGGAAUUAAGGUAGACGACCUUGGAUUCACACUUGUGGACUUUAGUCGACAAGGGCACAAGAAAGAUAAAUUUGUGUCCGUUGACCAAGUAAAGCAAGUUUUUUACGUUGAAGAUCCGGUUGAUGCUAGAUGGUCUGUUGUAUUAACCUCUACGACUCGAGACUAUCACGAUGUGUAUAAUGAAGAUGAUUUAGGAGACACGGUCUUGGAAAAUCCCCCAUUCUGCUCUGCUAUACCCACAUGUGAUGUUGAUGCCCUUGAGCAUAGUGUUAGUCAUUGUAGACAGAACAUUCAGGGAAUUUGGCUUAAAAAGUCAACCUAGGAUAAGUUUGUUGUUUUUAAUAUAUUGCAUCUUUUUAUUUGCCUUUACCAUGUCUGAUAGUUAGACUUUAAUCUAUUGCAAUAUGUGUUACGUGCAUUUUUUAAUUUUUCAACGUUAUUCUUUUGCCU